GAAAAAGAGGACUGAAUGGACACAGAAAAUUAAAAAAGAAAAGAGAGAGGAGAGAGAGAGAGAGAGUGAUGUCAUCAUUGUGCUGGGCUGUGCUCUCUCCUCCCCUCUGUCUCGCGACAUUGCACAGACACACAGGAAGGAGCAAAAACAGGCUGGACACACAUACAUACAUAGAAGAACCAGAGAGGAGGACGGAGAAGCACACACCCACAUUCAGCAUCCUUUCAGUGGCAGCAUCAGUACCAAAGACUGUCCACCCCUCUGUCAGUAUAAUCUGACGAUAUGGCUGAGGGUUCGGGUGAGGUUUCACUGGCAGAGGUUGAGACUGCAUUUCGUAAAUUUGCAAUUCAUGGAGACACCAAGGCAACAGGGAAGGAGAUGAAUGGGAAAAACUUUGUUAAGCUGUGUAAGGACUGCAAGGUCAUCGACGGGAAAAAUUUAACCAGCACGGAUAUGGACAUUAUCUUCAGCAAAGUCAAGGCUAAGACAGCACGCGUGGUCACGUUUGAGCAAUUCACUCAAGCCAUGUCUGAGUUGGCUCCCAAACGUUUUAAAGGGAAAAGCCAGGAGGAGGCAGUACAGCUUCUCUAUGGUCUUAUUGCUGGCAAAGAACCCACCAACACUGGUGUCACUAAAGUGGCAAAAGCCUCAGCUGUGGACAGGCUAACAGACAGCAGUAAGUAUACUGGUUCUCACAAGGAGCGCUUUGAUGCAUCAGGAAAAGGAAAAGGCCGUGUGGGGAGGGAAGACAUCCCGGAUACCAGUGGAUAUGUCUCAGCAUACAAAGGCCAAGACACAUACAACAGCAAAGUUAAAGAGGACGAAUGAGAGAGAAAUGGAUAAAAGGAGAAAAGUGCUUUAUGCAUGACAUAAUGUGUAUUUCUGAAGUCUUCCUGAUUUCAUAUUAGCAGCUAUAGCUAUUCUCUAAAAACAAAUCUCUUGCUAAAACCUUGCAUGAAAACCUGUCUCACAAACUUGCAUCAAAUUGCACCUUCAUCUUCAUGUGGUAACAAGCACUUUUGCCUUUGACACAUUUGCCUUUCUUAAAAUUAAUAUAUCAUUCAAUUUUAUAAUCUAAUUAAAGGUUAAUAUAUUUGCUGGCUAAAUUAGCUUUAUUGUGAAGUCUUUGUGCUUCUUAGCUCUGUUGCACUGAGAUCUCUAUUAGUCUGUAAACACUGGACUGGAGUCGACUCAAAUAAAGUAUGUACUAAGAAAUACCACAUGGGAAUACUUGACUUCUAUUACAACACACGUUAUGUGAUGCUUUGCACAAUUUUUGACUUUGUUAGGUUUUAUUGUGGGCAGAGGUGUGGUGUGUUCCUUUGAAUAUGUGUUUUGGGGCUUAAAUCAAUAAGAGGCAAGAGACAGAUAGCAAUCUUUUCCUGGGAAAGGAUUGCUUGGAACAGAUAACAGUUCUUCCUUAGAGAUUCAUUCUUGUGGUCAGUUUCAUCAUGUUACAUGUCAUGGCUUUGAAUGAGCGUUUCAUUGUGUUGAUGUGUUGUGCAGUAUUGUAGUGUAAAGCUCAGUGGAGUUUUGUAUUUCAGUGCGUCUGAAGUAGGUCACAGUUACAGGACCUGAUUUCCACCUCCAAGAAUACUGGCCUUCUUCUUAUUCAUAUUAAUGAUGUAAAGCUCCCCUUUACAAACAAUUACUCACUCACACACACACACACACACACACACACACACACACA